UGUGUGUUAGAGAGAGAGAGAGAUGGUAAGAGAGAAAAUGGGAGGCAGCAUCACCCACCCAGACUGGGAGGAGGGGAGGACAGACAGCGUGCUCGUCCCUCUAACAGACAGAGGUGGAAGGAAAGUGGGAAUGAGAGACAGACGUGAGGGGAGAAGAGGAGCACAAUGAAGGAGUGCCAUUGUCCAUCCUGGCAACACUGCCAUUUCACCAUCUGCUGAAAGAGAGAGAGAAAGAGACAGAGGAGGGAAGGGAAAAGAAGGAAGCCAAACAGAGGAGAGGAUAGAUGGAGAGGAGCUGCCGGCAGUGACUUUGUGAAUUAAUCGAGCGGAAGAGCGGAUCAGUAGAGAAGCACGUUUUUCAGGGAGUGGACGGACGGAGAGGCAGAAAGAGGAAGGAGAGGACGAAUGACCGGACAAUCUGUGGCUGUUUAAACAUUAAUGUGGUUCUAAUGUGAAUAUGGAGCCCAGCUUUAGAUGAAUCACCAUGGAUUAUCAACUGUAUGAUCUUUAAACCAAAAAAAGGAACUAUUUAUGUUUUGCCAUUCAUGAAAAAAAGAAAGAACUUUUAGAGAAAUUGAAUAGAGUCACUUUAUACAGAACAAUUUUAAUUACUUUUUCUUUUGUGUGAAUAUAGACUCUCUUUAUGACUUCUGGUUUUCUAUUCUCUAUGAGCAUAGGAUCUAUUCUGGAUGUUAUACAAUUGUUAUCGUUGUUAGCUGCUGCACAUAAUAUUCAGGUUGUUUUUAUGCAAGUUUUCUAAACAUAAGUGUCGUCUUUAAGAAGUAAAUAGUUAAUGUAGUUUUUGUUUGUACUGUUAUCAGAAUGUCAGACAUACAAUUUUACUUUCUCUAGUUGGAGUCAGUGCAUGCAGCCGACAUGGGAUGUCAACAUUGAUUGGGUUUUAUGGCUGGCGCGACGCUGGAGAAAACUUUGAUCAUUUCCUGAAACCUAUUGAUCUUUCUAGGAGUCUGUAGUUUUUCCUCCUGUUGGAUAAAAAAAAAAAAAAAAGGUCUAACGUGGAACCUUAGAUGCAGCAACAAAUUGCUGCCAUGUGAUUUGACAAAGCAGUUAUCUCUUUGUCUGAAGAUUUCUGCCUGUUGUCGGGACUUCACAGUAUAUAUCCUCCGUAGGCAUCUCUUUUAAUGUCUGUUGCCAUAGCAACGGGCGGCAGCUGCAGACAGAACACGAUGUAAAGUUCUUUUUUCUUGUCUUAUCUUUUAAAAUUGGUGCUGUUCCAUUAGGCAGUUGUAUAUAUUUAGUAGAUAAGAAAAAUAGUCGACCUGAUUAGUCCAUGCUUGUGUGCAGUUUUUAGAGUUCCUUUCUUGGACAAGAUUUUUUUUUUACUAGACAGUCUUUGUCUAUGCGGAGCUUGGCAGUCUCCGAAAAUCAGGGUUGUUUCAGGUCACCUGUCUCCCCCCUCCCCAUCCUGUGUGUUCAUCUUUUGCGAAACAGCUCAGCCCUGUUUGUCCUGAUCUCACCUUUAUCAACGGCAACUACCAUCUUCAUCAGUCAAGCUGAUGUGCCAUUAUCAGGACUGGCUGGAUAAAUUAGAUUAUCUUACUGGUUUCACUUGUAGAUAUCACUCUGUUAUCACUCUGUGCAGCUGCUUGGCCUCAAGGCCACUAAUUACUGGUCAUUAGUGUGUUAUGUCUGUGACAAUCUGUUCCUGUUACUGACUGUAUGUAGGUGACUCAGGAUUUUUCCUCAUGUAGAGGGUCAUCGCCUCUGCAGUCACCUGACCUACACUGUGUUCUGUGCACUAAAACAUCCUCAGGCAGGGCGAGGGUUGACUCUGCUCAUAUAGCACUUCAGCACCCCUGUGUGUGAGAACACACCUGGAAUUUCCUCUCUAGCGUUAACAACUCCAUUUAUGUCAGAUCUUUUGCCUUUUUUAAAGUGCUAAUUCUCUCUCUGGACUAAUUUCUGGUUUUAUUAGGGGUGUUACAGACUGUGUUGUUUGUUCUGCAUGCUCUUUGAUUGUCCAAAUACUGGGUGUCUUUUGUGAAUUUUCCAGCCAUACUUCUUUACAGCUUUCUGGAGAUCAUCCCAGCCUGUCUGGCAGUGUUUCCGUGUGACUGGAUUCUCCAUGGUGCUUUUAGGCCAAGACCAGAUGGAUGACUAGCUAGAAUUGUGGUGCUAGACUGGUGUAGGCGACUGUUCCUUUGCCAUGCAUCCAGCGCCCACUGCAAGCUGGUGCGCUGUACUUCAGACACAGUCAAGUUAUGAAAUGUUAAUGUGUGGAAAAAUGUUAGUUUUCGCUUGGCAACACUGAAACUUUGGUGCCAAAUUUACAACCUUCUGUAAGUGGUUUAGGCAAGGUGUGUGUAAACCUUGCUCUCCUUUUCAAGGAGUAAAGGUCAACAGAUUGUAGAUAUGACUAGUGCCUCAACAGCACUGAGGUGUAGGCCAGCCAGCUUGCUGCACCACUGUAGGUGUAGCCUUGCCUCCUACUGAGGUCAAAGUGCUACAGACUGUUUUGUUUGUGGGACUUUGGGUUGCAAGAGACUGUUAAUGUAAACAGACUGUUGUUUGCCUUCUAGGUUGGACUAUGCAGAAUAUGAGUAUCUUGUGGUGUCUAUACUGUUAGUAGUGGAACUGAGAGGUGACCUACUGCUUGAUAAGCCCUGCCUUAGAUAAGGAAGGAAACGGUUCCAGAGUAUAACAUUUGGCUUGUUUAUAUCAUAUCAGGCAGUGUUGAUGCUCUUCUCUCAGGUAACUAACUGUAAUCUGGGCUUGUUAUUUGUACUAGGCAGUAAUAAAGUAACAGGGUAAUUGUAGUUGUGCAUACAGAGAUCAGCACAUCAACAGAGUGCAGUUUUAUUUGAGCAUCUCCCAGCAGCUGGGUGAGAGAGUUCAUGUUCAACUCUGAUGAGCCUCCAGCACCAUUCAGGGAACCCUGGGUUGGGAGUUCAGACCAGACCAAUCAGGUCUCAUUACCAUCACAACAAACCCACCGGUAGUCGUCAUCAGCCAAUGACCUACAUUCUCCAGUGUUACAUCACCACCGUGCUACUGCAGUGUGUGUCACUGUACCAGACACAGACAACAUCUCAGACUCAAACUACCACUAUCUAAUGGUGCUCCUGAGAAAAAACAAAAAAACAUCCUAACUGAGGUGGCCAGUUCUAGGGAACACACUUGAACCAAGGCAGCCUCACUUGUUUUAGCCAUAUCAGGAUCUACAGUCAGGAAUGGGCCCAACUCUGCUGGCCCAGUCUUAAGUACUAACUAACUUUUUUCUUUGUUCUACUUGUGUCUAAGUAGGUGACCAUGCCUAACCUCUAGCCAUCCCUAAUCUUAAAGUUAGAGAGGCAGAAAGACAGGGAUCACCAUUAAUAUAUUAGACAGAGGGACUGUUAAACAGGACAGCCUGGAGAACGGGCGAGCAGACGAGGGAGGGGGUAAGGGGGAGCGAGAGAUCAUCUGGAAGAGGAGAGAGGAAGUGGUGGCGCGGGAGAGGGCAGAGGCGUUGGAGAGACAGAGGCUGGCAGAGUAUAUUGUGUGGAGGAAGAGAGAGGACUUCCAGGAGAAGAGAGGAGACAGAGAGAAGGGAGGAAAGAGUGCGGAGAAAGGGAAAGAGGCUGCAGCAGAAGUGAUCUGGAAGAAGAGAGAAGAAGAGGACGGAGAAGCAGGGAGGGAGAGAGCGAGGGCCAUUCAGAGAGGACAUGAAACCAUUUGGAGGAAGAGAGAGAGAGAGUAAAAAUGAACUUGAUGAAAGAUUUGAGAAUACAAUGCACUUGAAAAGUAGGUGUUAAGGAAAGUGUGCUGCCACCAGGAGUUGGAGACUAGCCAUACAUCAGUAAGCCUCCUCUCUUCUUUAGCAGCUCUGCGCUUCAUUGAGUUCUGCAGGUGCUCUCUGUAGUAUUGACCAAUUGGAACUGUGUAUUGUGUGCGUGCGCGUGUUGCUGCUGUGUUAGUGCACGCAGCCCCUUUGCGAUCCCCUCGUUGGCUGCUAAUAGGAUUUUUAUGGGCCCGUGUCAGGCAGGAUAGAGCUGCCAAGGGGAGCCGCUUCACACAUGCACGCAUGUGCGCACACCAACACACACACAUACACAGAUAAUCUAAGAGGUAUUGUGAGCAGGGAAGGUUUAUGCUGCCUCACACGUGUAAGCACAUCACGUACAAGUACACACCCCUCAAUGCUGUAAGACACAUGCAAGGGGGUGUUGAGAGAAUUCACUUGUUCACUGUUGAUUCUCCAUGGUGCUGCCGACAGCUGGAUAACUGGCCCUCACUGAGUUGGAACAAGAUAUUCACAGAUAUCGUUUUACAUUAUGGCAAAAACACUGAGAUGAACACUUUUUGUAGAGCUAAGAUGAUGAUCUUAUGAUUUCAUCAGUUCCUGGGAACAGAAUGAACAUUGAAGCAGAAGUGAACUGAUGACAACAUGAUCUGCACUGGUGCACUAAAAACAAACUUUUUUCAUCUGCAUUCUACCAUUAACUGGGACACCCCACUUCUCUGCACCUUUUUCAUUCUGCUUUCAUUUCUGGAUAAAGCCGUUUCUAAAGCAGUUUGGUUUUGGCUGCCUGGUAAUGAGUGGAGGACAGACAACCAGACAGAUGGAUGCAGCUCUUACACUGAGCAAGACAGACAGAUGGCUGUGUGUCCUUUUAGGGAGAAACUUUGAAUACUGAGACAAAGAGACGUUGAUUGAAUCACUAGAGCCUCUGUGGACUUGCACGGAUAUAAAAACUGACACUGCAGAUUCAUUAUGGAGCUUGUCCCAAAAACCAAAUACACCCACUUUCGGAGUGAAUCGCUGAGCUCAACUGAUGAAACAAACUCCAAUCCAUCAUCGUUCCCUCCUUCCAGUCCUGCUACCCCGCUCACUCCCUCCCCUGGUUUACCUUCUUCUCUCUCUUCCUCAUCUCUCACUCCCAUCUUGCCCCCCUCUUCUCCCCGCCCGGCAGAGAACAGCCCCACCACCCUUUGUUCCUUCUUCCCUAGGAUGGGAUCUCUUCGUCUGGGCGUCUCUGCCACUCUUCUCCCAGGACUCAAGGCCUCAAACAGGCCGCAGCAACCUCAGGCGCCUGUUGAGUCCUCUGGGGACGACAGGAGCAGCUCUAGCUCCUCCCCUCCACUUCAUCACCCUGUUCCCCCUCUAACUGCUCCUUCUCCCCCUCCUCGACCUCCUCUGCAGGAUAUGAACCGGCUGGGAGGGGCGUCCAGGAGGGCACGGGUGGAAGGAGGGCAGCUGGGAGGAGAUGAGUGGACGCGCCAUGGCUCCUUUGUCAACAAGCCCACCCGUGGCUGGCUGCACUCCGACAAUGUGGUCAGCACCACCGGUGUUUCCUACACUGUACGGUACAUGGGUUGCGUGGAGGUGCUACAGUCAAUGCGAGCGCUGGACUUCAACACCAGAACUCAGGUCACCAGGGAGGCAAUCUCUGUGGUGUGUGAGGCAGUACCCGGAGCCAAAGGAGCCCAGCGCAGGAGAAAGCCUUCCUCACGCUGUCUGACGUCCAUCCUGGGGAAAAGUAACCUGCAGUUUGCUGGCAUGACAAUCAGCCUCACCAUCUCGACCAGCAGCCUCAAUCUGUUGGCCUCUGACUGCAAACAGAUAAUCGCCAAUCAUCACAUGCAGUCCAUCUCCUUCGCCUCUGGAGGAGACCCAGAUACGGCUGAGUACGUAGCAUAUGUGGCCAAAGACCCAGUCAACCAGAGAGCAUGUCAUAUCCUGGAGUGCUCAGAGGGUUUGGCCCAGGAAGUCAUCAGCACCAUCGGCCAGGCCUUUGAACUACGUUUUAAACAGUACCUAAAGAACCCACCCAAACUGGUCACCCCUCAUGACAGAAUGGCUCCGUUUGACGGCUCUGCAUGGGAGGAAGAAGAUGAUGAGACUGCUCCGCCUCCUGAUGUCCCUUACUAUAAUAAUUUCCCUGGAAAACAGCCUCCCCCUGGUGGACUGAUUGACAUGAGGACCCGCCCAGGGGCCACGCUGCCUUAUGGACAGCCAGGUCAGAAUGACAUUCACAAGCAGCCUCUGCCGCCUCUACCAGUGGGUGCCAAAGAAGGGGGACGGGAACUGUUCGAUGACCCUUCAUACGUCAAUGUGGAUAAACCCCGCCCCCCAGUUGCAGCAAAUGGAAACGCUCACAGAGACGCUUUUGACAUGAAGCCAUUUGAUGAUGCCUUGGGGGUCUCUGGGCACGGUGGCCCGAGCUCAGUGACAGCAGCGCCUCCUCUGGUGCAGCAGUUGCAGUGUGAGGCCUGGUUCCAUGGUAGCUUAAGUCGCAGGGAAGCGGAGAGGUUGCUGACCCGCGAUGGUGACUUCCUGGUGCGGGAGUCUGGGACCACGCCCGGACAGUACGUCCUCACAGGACAGCAGGGGGGUCAGCCCAAACACCUGCUACUAGUCGACCCAGAAGGAGUGGUCCGUACAAAAGACCAUCGGUUUGAAAGUGUGAGUCACUUGAUCAGUUACCACAUGGACAACAGGCUCCCCAUCGUAUCAGCUGGAAGCGAAGUGUGUCUGCAACAGCCAGUUGAGCGCAGGGCCUGACGUUCCACAGACCAAUGAAAUACUCCACCAAAUAUACACACACUCCCACUGCAAAUCAACACAAGACAUCAUAUGCUAUAACACACACAGCAACACUACACUCAACACACUCAAACAUACACAACAGUACAUAUGCACACACACAAAGCAAAGAAAGCCAAAAAAAAAGAAAAAGAAAAAAAAUCACCAGUUUCUCUGCAGAAUCACUUAAUUGCUGCUGUUGCCACAUGUUCCUGUCCUUUCUGAAAGCCAAACUGUGAUAUGCAGUCCCUCCUCGACCCCAACGACUAUCAGGCGCAUCCCUCCACAACGGAGAAGUACUGCUGCAAUUUCUCAACAGCCUACUGUGAACCAGGGAGGAACCCUUUCCUUAUUUCAGAACGGGGCAGAAAACAAAUGCAAUUUUUUUUAAAGAAAAAAAAUCUUAACAUUCGAUUAUGAAAAACAAAAAAACAGAACACUUUACUAAUACAAGGAAUUGUGUACAAAAAAAUAAUGGAACAGAAGAGUGAAGAAAGGAACAGAAAUGGGACAUGGAAUCGGAUUUUCUGUGCUUUUUAAGCAUGUGUUCUUUCAUUCAGGGGAAAUGAUUUCCCUCCUCAGACUGUCGCUGGAGCGUAUUAGGCAAAAUGCAAACUGGAUGGUAAUGGUCCUUUGUUGUAGAGACUGAACCCGGCUCAAACACAAACACUCCCUUCGGGUGUCACUUGAGUACUUCAGCAGCAAACAAGACUUUGACAUGAUUCUGCGUGGUGAAUAUGCAUAAACGAGUUUGCUUCCAAUCUAAUCAGGAGUGUCACCUUACCCCCACCCACUCCCCUAUGAAAGACUUUUGAACUUUGACCCCUGGAGUGAUAAAGAAAGCCUGUAUGCAAAACUGGGACUGCUAUGCCAAUGACCAUCAUAUAUGUUUUUGUUUUUUUUUUCCAUCUGAUAUCUUGGGACUCAUUUAGUGAUUGGACAUUAGGAGUUCAGGAGGAUCUAAGCGGCUGUUUGGCCCUAAUCCCUCUAAAAAGACAGAUACACGUUCACCUUUACUCCACACACGGGCUGCACCACCUGUCAUGCCAAAGAACAUGAACUUGGUCGCUAACAGCAGAGGAAGCCAUGAUAAUUAUCAACAGUUAUUUAUCUUGUGUGCUUACAGCAGUGGGAACUUAUUGAGAAAGACAUGCACAUAAAAAUAAGCCUGUUUUAGAUUGAAGAAGAAUCUGGAUUGUGCCUGAAUACAUCAUCAAAAAGGCAAUUUCUUUUUUUUCUUUUUUUCUUUUUUUUAUAAAGUGCAUUGAUGUCACCCACAAACACAAUAACUACUACAUUUUGAGAAGCAUAGACCAGAUCAUUUUGACCUAUUGCUUUUCUGCUGACACCUUAGUAUGUGUUUGCAUUGACAAUCUAUGGGUUAUAUCUUUACAGAGUAUUCUGUGAAGAAAACUGAAAGCAGAGGAGAGUUGUUUGAGGAGACCCCUUUAAACAGUGGCCAAUGAUGUGUUGUAAUGUUGAGCAGUCUAAGCAAUGAAUUUCCCUCUGCAAAAAUGAUGCACAGUGUGUAAUAGUAACCGCUUUGGUAAUUUUUGUGUAUUGUGAUGUUGCUUUACUUUAUAAUCACUUGAGGGAAUCAUUUUUAAAACCUUGUAUGUCAAAUGAAGUGGGUCCGGGGUAACUGAACAUGAGGACAUACAUGCUUUUGGAGCAUUGCUAACGAUGAAAUGUUAAGCCAAAUGCUGCUCCUCAGUGUGCUGUUUUCAUAUACUGUCAAGGAUCUGGAGGGAGAAGUUCACACUAUAGUUUUCUCCUUUCCUCUUCCUCCUCCCUCAAUCCAUGGUGUUGUUUUUUAUAUCUUUUUAAUCGUGCCUUGUUUCUUCAAUGCAGUCACGUCACUUCAAUGCAGUCACCUUAUGUACUUAAUUCUAAUGUAGUCGACUACAGGAGAAUCUUACACAAGCCUCUCAGUUAAACAACAAAGACUCUGCAAAAAUGACACUCCAGUAAACACACACAAACAGAUCCAGUGAUGGCAAUCUCCUCUGAUGCACAUUCUUGCAUUCAGCUUAUAGUCACAGAUACUUGAUGUCACCAUGGGGGGGGGGGGGGUUUCCUGAGCAUCUGUAAAUAACAUCAGUUUUUUGACUGUUCAGCUUAGUAUCAGAUUAUUGUUUCCAUAGUUGUAUAUUUAAAGACUUAUUUAAUAAGUAACACCGAGCCAGACACCACAGCACUGAGGUAGCUCUUAAAGCCAACUGAACUUGUCAAAGAGAUUGUGGCCAAACUCCUGAAAUACGAGAGGGGAUCUUUCAACUUAAACCUUAACUGUCAACUAGUCCUCAUACCCUGUAGUGGGCUCACAUGUAAUCUAACAUGCACACGCAUACCAGAGUGACAGCUGGGUCAGUCAGACACUCACACUCUGCCUGUUUGGCUGUUUGUGGGUUAGAGAUAGGAAAAUCAAGAGCUUGAAGUCCUGCUAUUGAUGUGUGCGCCUCUUGUAAGUGUGCGUGCAUGUGUGUAUGUGUGUGUGUGUGCUGGAAUAGACCCACCUGACCCUCUGCAUCAUUAGUGACCUCGUCCCGUGUUAACAUCGUUCAUCACAGUUGCCUUUGUUGCAUGAAAAUCCUUUCAAAUUUUUCUCUUGUUUGUUGUUGGUGAUGGUGAUAGUGUUGAUGAUGCUGUUGUACUUUUUCAUUUGUGUUUUUUGAAAGCCAAAGGUUACUUUCAGAUAGUGUGCACAGAUAUUGAUUUUUACUUUAUAUAUUUCUGUUUUAAUACUUUUUUUGUUUUUAGGGAAACAUGUCUGUUUACACCUGUAUCUGAAAAUAUAGAUUGCAUAUAUAAAUACAUAUAUCAUUCA